AUGGCCCCCUCCGCCACAGCCCUGGCACUCUGCGUGGCACUGCUCCUCGCCCGGUGGACACACGGGCCUCUGUGCCAUGUGCACUGGGGACUCUGCCUUUCCCCUCUCACCUGGGAAUGUUCCUCUCUCGCAGGGAGCGCGGAGCUUGUCCUGAGCAUCGUCAGCUCCUCCUUCGUCACCCUGUUGCUCUUGGGCCUCCUGGGAGCAAUGCUGGUGUGCACCUACGUCAAGAAACCCGUGAGGCCGCCAUCCGUCCUGAAGUCUUUCAUAAAGCAGAGCUCGCUCUGGAUGGAGCAGGAGUCCUCGUCCUCGGGCAGCCCGGACACAGACCCCAUCCAGCAACUGUUCCUGUGCCAGAAGGAGCCCCAGCGGGACAGUGGCCCGCAUGGCAGCACCGGCACAGCCCAGCUGCCCCCGGAGAAGGGCUGGAGGGUCCCAGCGUGGCCCGAGGACCAGCUGUGCCUGCUGGGGCCUGGGGCUGUGUGGAGCAGGGACAGCAGCUGCACCAGCACCGACAGCGGCAUCUGCCUGCACACCUCCUCCUCCGACCUGAGCUGCUCCUCCGGCCCCCAGCCCCAGGGCUACAAGCGGCAGCUCCCCACUGGCGACGACAGCGGCGUGGGCUUGGAGAACGCCUGCCCUGGCCCCACGGGCUCCUCCGGCAGCUGGACCACCAGCCCCAUGGCGGCCGGGCAGCCCUGUGGAGGGGAGCUCGGCCUCCCCGCUGCUGCCAGCCAGGACGGCCAGCAAGCCGCGGAGUUCCGCGGGUACCUGCAGCAGUCCAAGGGCAUGGUGGAGCCCAGGCAGGACCCUGCCAAGCGGGUGCCCUUCCCGGGCUGUGCAGGAUCCCCACAGGGCCCGGGCAGCGCCAACAUUGUGCUGGAUAUCGAGUGCUCCGAGCUGGCUGUGGCCAAAGGGUAUUUGAAGCAGUCUUCUCCUGAGCAUCCCCACAGCCACGCACAGGACCUUCCUCCACGGGGCGCCCCUCGGGAGCCCACUGCAUGGGACCUCUCCAGCCUGGUGGGGCCCCGAGCCCCCACUCUGCUGAGCUAUGGGGCUCCAGGUGCUCCCUUGGCCUCCAAAGCCAGCCCCGAGCUCCUGAAAGCUCCCUUUGACCUGAGCAUCUUCAACACUGACAUCCUGGAGACGCUGCCCCUCAUCUCCAGCCUCAGCACCAAUAAGUGGCACACGCUGCAAAUCAACGCCCUGAGCCUGCUCAACGGGGACAGCAAGGACAGCCGCCUGUGAGCCGUCCCCGUGCCAGGGAGCGGGCGCCCGCCAGCCCCGCACGCUGACCCAACUACCUCUUCUAGCCACUGCCCGUGGAGAGCAGCUACUCCGAUAAGCUACCGCCGACCCCGGAAUGUUCACACAUCGAGCUGGGCGGUGCCCCAGCCAAGACUCGCCCGAGAAGCACCAGCUCAGCUAUUCUGGGGCUGCUGUGGCCCUGGUACCGCUGCGGCCAGCCCCUGGCGCGCCAUGCGCCGUCCCUCCAGCCAGGAUCUGGUGCAAAGCUGACAAGAGCUGGCGAGGGGCUGCGCUGGAGGGGCUCACCCCCACCCCGCCUCUGACCACUGUGCCCAAGGAUACACCCCAGGAUGUUUCCAAAGGGCGAUCCCGCCUCACCUGCCCUCCCCAGCAGCUCAGCACGGGGCACGCAGCCCCUGGGCUCAGGGUCACCCUCGGGGUCAGGGCUGGCACUAGCCCUGCCCUUCCCCUCCCCACUUCCCCCUGUCCCAGGCGAGCGCUGGGCUCCUCCAGCUGACGUCCACGCUGCUGACGCCAUCCAAACCUUUCACAACACAGACAGCAAAAGCAAAGAACAGCCUGACAUCAGCCAUCCUGCUGCUGGGAGCGUGGGGCUCCCACGCUGGCUGGCCUCCCUUGGAGGCAGCGAGGGACUUUCCUGACCCUACAGAGACCUCGCAGCGUUCAGCCCCUAGGACAGAGGCCCGGGGUGCUGGCUACCUCUGACGGGGUGCAGGACAUGUGCAGCAGCUGCUGUAUGAGCCUAGCGUGAGUCACAGCAGCCCCGCCCACGCUACGGUCCAUGUUCUGCCACUAUUGUGUACAGACAUUAUUUAUUCUAUUUAAUUUGUAAAUACAGAAAGGAUGUGGUGUUAUUUAUUUGGUCUGCUCAUCUGACAUCCUCUUCUAAGGUCAAGCUACGCUUUCUGUUUCCAGAUACAGACUUUCCCUUGCAGGAAGGGGCAACAUGCCUUCGCCUCACUUGGGGAAGGGCAUUUCCACAUCACGACUGGGAAAAAAGCAAAACCAAGCCAGGCCACCGAGAGCUUCCCGCUCAUCUGAGGCCCAGGGCAGUGGUGGCAGGCAAGCGCUGUGUUGUGGGAGCACACAGCAGAGGAGCAGCGGGGAAAAGGACCUGGGCAGCUCGCGGCGAUUUCACAGGGGUGCCCUGGGCGCGCAGCGCGUCCCGCGGGGCAGCAGCUCGGUCACACACACCAGGGAAGGACAGCAGCAGCUCUAGGGAGGAGCAGAACAAGUUGAAAACGGGGGGUGGGGGAAUAGUUUCUGUCAGAAUGGAAACAAGCCUGAAAUGGGAACAACUUACCGUGGGCUACAUUUGACUACUGCCGGGCCACUGAAGAGUUUUUCCAGAAGUCGUUGGUUUCCAAGAACCUUCACGGUGGGAUAGUCCCAUUGAAACUGUUAGUGGAAACCCAGCUUGGGGAGUGCUUUUGUUCAGGUGAAAACAUGACUCACGUCAGGAGAAGGGCUGCUGACGCGUUGCAGUUUCCUCCUGUUACGUCUGACGUUGCGCUGCUCCACUCGAUACGCUCCGUGUGCCACGCGGAGGGCUGGCCCGUGGCCAUGCUGGCCCUCCCGCUGCUGAUGCCAGCCGUGGGCAUCCUCCUGCCCUUCCAUUUCCACCAUCCCUUCUGCUUCUGGGUAUUUUGGGGUUUGGGUGGUUUUUGUUUUUAUCUUUUCUUUUUUGCAACUUCCUCUGAAAACGGAGUCAUCAAAAUUAAACGUGACUUUUUUUUCCUUUCCUUUCAAAUGCUCCUGACGUCACCUCUCUGGCCGGGUCCCACGCAGUGCCAGGUGCUGCCGGUUCCUACGAGCUGCAAAAGGCUGCAGCCAGCAGCGUCCAGGGGCAGCACCCAGGGCUGAGAGAGGCGGCAUUUCCCCCCUCCCCGCCGCGAGCAGCCAGGGCUCUCCUUUCAACGAAACCCAGAGGAGUUUGUCAGAAAGCCACGGACCACGUGCUUUGGCUUCGAUAACCGGGAGCGUGGACAAUCCCUCCAGCUCUGGAAAUCCCAGAUGCUCACAUUUUCCUGAAUUAAGCCACAGCCUAACACACGGAGGACAUGUGGCUCUGACUCCUGCAAGCG